GAAGAGUUUGGAUUUCAACUUCAUGCUAACCAAACUAUUGGACAUUACAUUGGAAUAGUUUAUGCAGGGAGUAUUGGUGAAACAGCUGGGCUUAAAACCGGGGAACGAAUUGUCGGAGUAAAUGGGCAACUGAUUUAUCCAACUAAUACACAUAAAGAAGUUGUUCCUCUGAUGAAACAAAAUGCAAUGAAAACAACACUUUUGGAAGUACACUAAGAAACAUAAUCUAGCUUAUACGUGGAGUGAAGCUAAGAAAUUUCCCGUUCGUAGAGAUGCUUCAGAACACUCAUUCGAUGCUAUUGGUUCCACUUUGUUUCAUCCUGAUUAA